CCCAAAUACAUCCAAAAAACACCAAAUCUCCCAACCAGAACAAUGACAUCUACCACACCACCAUCCCGACUCGACCGCUUCCUCGCCGCCCAACAAUCCCUCUACGGUCCCAAUCUGCACUCCAUCCCCGAUCCCCAAACAUGGACCCCGCCCCCCAACUCCGGCGGCCACAAGGGGCGCUACCUCUGGACAGACGCAUUCGGCGUCCUCAACUUCAUCACCCUCCACCGCGAGAUCUCUCGCCACAGUACCAGUAACAAUGAGAACAAUCCCUACCUCACCCUCGCCCGCCGCCUCGUCCACACAGUCCACGACAUCCUCGGCCGCACACGCAACACCGACAACCCCACCCGCCUCCCAGGCGCCUCAGAAAGCAACCCCCUCGGCGGCGGCCUCCGCAUCGGCAAACAAGAAGAGCACGGCCCCGACGGCGACGGCCAAUACCACCACUACCUAACCCUCUGGAUGUUUGCGCUCAACCGGCUCUCCCUAGCCACAGGCGACGCAACAUACAACCACCAAGCGGUCUCCCUCGCGCGCGCCAUCCACCCCAAAUUCGUCCUGCACCGCGAGUCAGCCCGCCCCAGGAUGGUGUGGAAGAUGGCGGCGGAUUUGUCGAGGCCGUUGGUUUCGUCGGAGGGAAAUUUGGAUCCUCUGGAUGGAUUCGUCGUGUUUAGACUGCUGCAGGCCGCUGAGAGGAGGGGUCCCGUCUUGGAGGAUGAGAUUGAGGAUUAUAGACGAGUGAUGGCGAGGAAGGGGUCGCAUUUUGUGUCGUCUGAUCCGUUGGAUUUGGGAAUGUCGAUGUGGACAGCGCAUUGGUUUGUGGAGAAGGAGGCGUGGGCGACGAGGUUGGCGGAGCAGUGUUUUGAGCAGUUUUACGAACUCUUCGAACUCGACCACUACCUCAACCGCAACAUCCAGCGCCGUCUCGCCUUCCGCGAGUUCGGAACCGGUCUCGGCCUCCAGUGCAUGGCGGGGCAGUCAUCCGAGAAAGACCGCGCGGUAGACCUCACCAAAUACGCACAGGCGAUUCUCGACGCGUGGAAUCCGUACAUGCGGAUGUCGUCGGAGAGUAGUACCACGCCGGAGGACCUGCGGCCUAUUACGCGGGUUAUGUAUGCCGCGGCGCUGAUUCCUGGAGCUUUUCAACGGGGAUACUUGGGUCCGGAGCCUAGUGGUUUACCUGAGCAGUGAGAUUGGAUGCAACUAGAUUAGGUAUAUUGUAUGCGUUGCGUAGGUCAUAGUGGAGUCGUUGUGGAAUAGUGUAGUUAAGCUCUAGUAUAUCCGUACAAACAAAUAAGAAUGUACCAAUCAAUCAACCGAUCGGCCCUUGUAUACCAACGCCGCUAAGGACGAAGUCAGAGUAUGUAUAAUCUAUACUCCCGGAACUCCUACCACGUCCCUCCAUGCCCCAACGCGUCGAGGCAAGAUGUAGAUCGAAUAGAUGGUAGCCAGAGCGAGGAAAAGCCCAUUCCACUUCUCCAACCAAGUAUGAAACCAAAUAGCAGUCAUCAACAACAUCCACCAACUCAGCCCAAAAACAACCCCCACAAACCUCCCCGCCCACUUCCUCACAACCUCCUGGUCCUCCUUCUUUCCCACCUCC